UAUAUAUUCUACAUUUCUUGAGGAGUUUCAGUAGUUUGAGUUUGAAGAAGAAAAGAUGUCUAUAGUUGUGAGAAUUCUGUCGUUGGGAUGGGCUAUCAUGAUGAUUACGAGUAUUACAAAUGUUGCAGAUGGAGCAAUUCCUAAUGAUUUGCAGGAAAAGAUUUCUAUCAUAAACAAUGAUGGUCCUUACUUGGGUAUUGUAGUGCCCAACAGUUUUGAGAUGAACCCUCUUCUCCAAUCUUCAAGUUUUGUUCCUCAUUCCACGCUUUCCUACUUGGAUUUUGCAGGAAGAAGAUUUCGAUUUGGAACUUUGGAAAGUCGAAAAGUUAUCAUUGUCAUGUCCGGACUCAGCAUGCUUAAUGCAGGAUUAGUAACACAGUUGCUGCUUAGUAUAUUCGAGAUUGAAGGAGUAGUUCACUUUGGAAUAGCAGGAAAUGCAAAUCCUAACUUACAAAUAGGAGAUGUUACUAUCCCUCAUUAUUGGGCUCAUUCAGGCAGGUUUGGAGAUGGGCCUGAUGAUGAACUUGCAUUUGAAUCUAAUGGAGACUAUACAAGAAAAAUCGGUUAUCUUAAUUUCUCUCAAUAUGAAAAUGGCACAAAAAAUGGGAAUUAUUCAGGCAACCUUCUCAACAAUGUGUGGUAUCAAGCGGAAGAGAUAUUUUCCAUUGAUGGACAACCUGAGAUUAGACAGCAUGCCUUUUGGGUUCCUGUUGACAAGCUGUACUUUUCACUUGCAGAAAAACUUGAGGAUAUUGUCCUUGAAAAGUGUGUCAAUUCUACUACGUGUUUACCUCGAUCUCCAAAGGUAUUUAGAGUGGAAAGAGGAGUGAGUGCUAAUGUGUUGUUAGACAAUGCUGCCUAUCGAAAUUUCUUGUAUUCCAAGUUCAAUGCAACUCCGGUCGACAUGGAAAGUGCUGGAGUAGCCCUCGUAUGUCUCCAACAAAGGACCCCUUUUAUAGCAAUUAGGGCACUAUCUGAUUUAGCUGGUGGUGGUUCUUCUCUCUCCAAUGAAGCUGCUAUCUUCUCUUCACUAGCUGCUCAAAAUUCAGUUACUGUUCUACUUAAGUUCAUUACCUUGCUGUUUUCGCAACCUCAAGUUAUUUAACUUUUAACCGUUGGUACCAAAAAUAAAGCAGCUGAUUCAGUAGCAUGGGUUGAGAUAAAGGCCCGGUGUCAUUAUGGACACAAUCCAAUAAAGUUAUUAAUCAAUGUUGUUCCUAUUGAAGUUCAUUUUA